AAACAAGUUUGAUUAGGCCUUUGCCACCGCAAGGUUUAAAAAGUCAUACUCCGUCUUGCAACCCCAAACCCUAGCUGAACUGAAUCGAUACACUGAACAGCGAACACAAUUCAAUUGCUCGUAACUUGGGAAAUUAAUCUGCUCUCUCUCUCUCGCGACAUACACUUAACUGCACCUUCCGAGUUCAAUGAUGAUGACGUCGUCGCUCGCAGAGCUCGACGACGAGACUGUUCGCAGCAUGUCAAUCGGUGCCGUUUUUUCUGAUUUCGUUGGAAAGAUAAAUUCACUGGACUUCCAUCGCACUGCUGAUUUGCUGAUUACAGCCAGCGAGGAUGAUUCGGUGCGACUAUACGACAUUGCAAAUGCAAAAUUGCUGAAGACCACAUAUCAUAAGAAGCAUGGUGCUGAUCGUAUAUGUUUUACCCAUCACCCAAGUUCUGUUGUUUGCUCUUCGAGAUACAAUUUGGAUACAACUGGAGAAUCACUGCGAUAUCUCUCCAUGUAUGACAAUCGGUGCCUUCGUUACUUUAAAGGGCAUAAAGAAAGGGUGGUUUCUCUGUGCAUGUCUCCAGUUAAUGACAGCUUUAUGUCUGGUUCUCUUGACCAUAGUGUCAGAAUAUGGGAUCUGCGUGUUAAUGCCUGCCAGGGAAUUCUACGUCUACGGGGUAGGCCAACAGUUGCGUAUGACCAACAAGGCCUCGUAUUUGCAGUGGCAAUGGAAGGGGGUGCCAUCAAAUUGUUUGACUCGAGGUCGUAUGACAAGGGCCCUUUUGAUACCUUUUUAGUUGGUGGAGACAUGGCUGAGGUCUGUGAUAUUAAGUUCAGCAAUGAUGGCAAGUCAAUGCUUUUAACGACAACGAGCAAUAAUAUUUACGUUCUUGAUGCAUAUGGAGGAGAGAAGCGCUGUGGGUUCAGUUUGGAUCCAUCUCCAAAUACAACGAUAGAGGCAACUUUUACACCAGAUGGCCAGUAUGUGCUUUCAGAACUGGCUUUCUUGGCAAAGCCCCUCGUAUACAGCUGGCCAUAGAUGACCUCAAAUCUUGAAGGAUAGCCUUUGUGAAUCGUAUUUGAUUCUUGAAGCCAACGCCAUAGUUGGGAGAAUUAAGAUUUUCUGUUAUGACAAGUUGAUCUGGGACCCACGAAAUUAUAAAUUUCAGGUCAUUAGUAGUAUUAGACGUCUUUUGGCUAAGGUUCCUGCAUUUUCUUCUUCCAAGGACCUGUCUGUUUCGAAGACUUUUUGGAAAAUUAGGCUGCAUCUGAUUUCUAGAAAUCCCCGUCCCACAUGAGCCAAGUAACUACAGGACCACUCAGGGUCCAUGGGCGUGAUGCCCUGUGCAAGUGGGGUUUGUUUAGAGCUCUCAACAUCUUUGAUUCCUGAGUUGCAACUUCCGGAAACAGGGUUCAUCUUGACUUUUCUGCUUCUUUAUUGUUCUAUUCUUUCACCAUCUUUCCAAAGUUAAAAUUGAAAUAUUGUCUGCAUCUGUUUAAGGAUCAGGAGAUGGGAGCUUACAUGCCUGGAGCAUCGGCAAAC